AUGGUAUCUUCUGACCUCCCGGCCCUCCGCGUCAAUGAAGUCUGCCCGGGAUGCGGAAUCGCCAUGCAAUCCUCCGACCCCGCGCUCCCGGGGUUCUUCUUGCUCCCCUCCGCAAAAUCCCCCGACUACCGCGCGCGCCUCGCGCGCGUCACCGUCGACGACACCCGAAUAUCCGCCUCCCUCAAGUCCGGUCACCUUCGGGAGGACUUAGAGCCGUCGGGGGGCUACAAGCCGGCCGCGGCGGCGGCUGAGACGGCGGAGGCCAAGGGAGAGGGCAAGGUGUUGGUGUGCGCGCGAUGCCACUCGCUGCGCCACUACGGCCGCGUCAAGCAUCCGGACGCCGAGCGGCUCCUCCCGGACUUCGACUUCGUCGCCGCCGUCGGCCCGCGCCUCGCGUCGCCUUCCGGGGCCAGGUCACUAGUGCUGCUCCUGGCGGACGCCUCUGACUUCGAUGGCUCGUUCCCGCGCGCCGUCGCGCGGUUGGUGGCCGCAGCCGGCGAGGCCCACCGCGCGGACUGGAAGCACGGGGCCCCGGCCAACCUCCCACGCGCGCUGCUCGUGGUCACUAAGCUCGACCUGCUCCCCACGCCGUCGCUGUCCCCGACGAUGUGCACGCGUGGGCGCACUCCCCGCGCUCGCGCCGGUGCGGGUUCCGACCUUCGGCUCGCUGGGGUGCACUUGGUUAGCGCCGCGCGCGGAUGGGGCGUCCGCGACCUGCUCGAACAUGUGCGCGAGCUCUCCGGGACGCGCGGCAAUGUCUGGGCCGUGGGUGCGCGGAAUGUUGGCAAGUCAACGCUGCUCAAUGCGAUUGCCAGAUGCUCUGGCAUAGUCGGGCGACCCACCUUGACGGAGGCUCCAGUUCCGGGAACGACCCUUGACGUGAUUAAGCUAGACGGCGUUCUUGGCGCUCAAGCGAAGCUGUUUGAUACUCCUGGACUUCUCCAUGGGCAUCAGUUGACAUCUAGACUGACGAGCGAGGAGAUGAAGUUGGUUCAAGUGAGAAAGGAGAUGAGUCCCAGAACUUACAGAAUAAAGACAGGACAGUCUAUACAUAUUGGUGGACUGGUGCGCCUGGAUGUUGAAGAGUUAACUGUAGGAUCGAUUUAUGUUACAGUUUGGGCAUCACCACUUGUCCCACUUCACAUGGGAAAGACAGAAAACUCAGCAGCAUUGAUGAAAGAACACUUUGGCUUACAACUACAGCCUCCCAUAGGCCAGGAGCGGGUAAAGGAGCUUGGUAAAUGGGUGAGGAAACAGUUCAAAGUUUCUGGGAACAGUUGGGAUACAAACUCUAAGGAUAUAGCCAUUGCUGGUCUUGGCUGGUUUGGAAUUGGGCUGAAAGGAGAGGCGGUGUUAGGAUUAUGGGCCUAUGAUGGUGUUGAUGUCAUCUCCAGGAGCUCCUUAGUCCAUGAGAGAGCUUCAAUUUUUGAGGAAGCUGGUUUCACGGUUUCACAGAUUGUUUCUAAGGCAGAUAGCAUGACCAAUAAGCUGAAGAGCACCAAGAAGCCAAACAAGGAGAGAACGAGAAGUGCUUCUCCCGUCACAGAGCCGGAAGCUUCAGAACCUGCUUCCAACAUAGAUGCUUGA